AUGGAAAAGCUCACUUUGUUCCGGGGGUACACCGUUCGACAUGUUCCCCGACUGGAUAAUGCUGACGCGGACAUUCAGUCCAAGUUAGCUCAAGAUGUCCCGGAACAUAUGUUGAAGAUUGCUCGGAUCUUGGUGAUCCCGAGGCAUAGCAUCCAUCGAUUGCCGGUCGCACCCAUCCAACCGGCGGAGGACACAUGGAUCACAGAUCUGAUAGAAUACCUCGAGCACGGUCGGCUCCUAGACGACCCCCAACGUGCUCGGAAGGCCAAGCUCAGAGCUCCAAGAUUUCAGGUACAAGACGGUCGUCUGUAUAGGCGGUCGUAUGGAGGCCCGCUCAUGCGUUGCUUGACCGCAUUUGAAGCUGAUUUGGUUAUGAAGGAAUUGCAUUCGGGCAUCUGCUCGUCACAUCAAGGAGGCCGAUCGCUAGCUCGCCGUAUCAUGCUGAUCGGGUAUUACUGGCCGUCACUUCAGCUAGAUUGUGAGAAGCUCGCGAGGGGGUGCGAGACAUGCCAGUUGUUCGCAAGGAUGCCCGGACGACCGGCAACGUUCUACCAGCCGGUCACUACUUCAAUCCCUUUUGCAAGAUGGGGGGUGGAUAUUUUGGGGCCAUUCCAGCAACUAUCCGGAUGGAGGAGCGACAACGGCCGUCAGUUUGUUAGCCAAUACUUUCAGAACUUUCUUGCCACGAUCGGGACAACCUCCAUCUGGUCGUCGGUGGCUUACCCCCAGGGAAAUGGACAGAUCGAGAACGCUAACCGGACAAUUCUGGAAGGUUUGAAGAAGAAGUUUCACUCUGUCGGUCGUAGCUGGGCCGAUGAGCUUCCCUAUGUUCUCUGGACUUAUCGAACGACCCCGAGGGAGGCAACUUUGGAGACGCCGUUCGCCCUAGUCUAUGGGGCUGAGGCUCGUGUCUUGAUCGAGGCAUGGAUCCCGACCGCUAGGGAGCUAUCUUACAACGCUGAGGAAAAUGAACACUCCAUGGUCGUGGAUCUCGACAAAUUUGAGGAGAAGAGAGAGCUAGCCGCUCGGUGUAUGGCCGAGUAUCAGAAAAGAGAGAAGAGCUCGAAGGAUGUUUGGGUCAACCCUCGGUAUUUCUAA